AUGGUCAACUCUUCCAUCACUGAGUCCAUUUUAACCUCCACCGUCUGCUACUCUGCUGCUACCACCAGGGCCCAGGGCAGGCUGCAGCGCGUCGCUCAGAAGGCGGAGAAGACCUCCAUCCAGUCCUCCACCCAGUCCUCCAUCCAGUCCUCCACCCAGUCCUCCAUCCAGACCUCCAUCCAGUCCUCCACCCAGUCCUCCAUCCAGACCUCCAUCCAGUCCUCCAUCCAGUCCUCCACCCAGUCCUCCAUCCAGACCUCCAUCCAGUCCUCCACCCAGUCCUCCAUCCAGACCUCCAUCCAGUCCUCCAUCCAGUCCUCCAUCCUCUUUGUGGUUGUAAAACGUUGUAGACUUGGGCUAAUAGCUGACGCUGCCAUUUUAGAUGACCAGUCGGCGUGUGGUCGUGGCGAGCGGCUGGCUCUGGCCCUGGCGAGGGAGAACAUCAACAGUCUGAUGGAGGAGCCGUCACGUGCCCGUGUGGAGGUUGACGUCUAUGAGCUGCAGAAAGACUCGCAGUAUGACACCACCGACACCAUGUGUCAGAUCCUACCAAAGGGCGUGGUCUCGGUGAUUGGCCCCGCCUCCAGCCCAGCCUCAGGCUCCACUGUCAGUCACAUCUGUGGGGAGAAAGAGAUCCCCCAUGUGAAGAUCGGUCCGGAGGAGACUCCCCGGCUGCCCUACCUACGGUUCGCCUCGGUGACACUGUAUCCCAGCAAUGAGGACCUGAGUUUGGCCAUUACCGCCAUCCUGCGCUCCUUCGGGAACCCCACAGCCAGCCUCAUCUGCGCCAAGGCAGAGUGCCUACUGCGAUUGGAGGAGCUGGUGCGGCGUUUCCUGAUCUCCAGGGAGACCCUGUCAGUGCGCAUGCUCGACGACAGCCUAGACCCGACUCCCAUGCUGAAGGAGAUCCGUGACGACAAAGUGGCCACCAUCAUUAUCGACGCCAACGCCUCCAUCUCCUACCACAUCCUCAGGAAGGCAAACGAACUCGGGAUGACAUCGGCUUUCUACAAGUACAUCCUGACCACCAUGGACUUCCCUCUGCUGCGGUUGGAUGAAGUGGUGGAUGACCAGUCCAACAUUGUGGGUUUCUCCAUGCUGAACAGCAGCCACCCCUUCUACCUGGAGUUCAUCAGGAGCUUGAACCUCUCCUGGAGGGAGGGCUGUGAACUCGGCCCCUACCCCGGACCAGCGCUGUCCUCAGCACUGAUGUUUGACGCCGUGCACGUGGUGGUGAGCGCCGUGCAGGAGCUGAACCGCAGUCAAGAGAUCGGCGUGAAACCUCUGAGCUGCACCUCACCUCUGAUCUGGCAACACGGAACCAGCCUGAUGAACUACCUACGCAUGGUGGAGUACGAUGGUCUUACAGGUCGGGUGGAGUUCAACAGCAAAGGCCAGAGGACCAAUUAUACUCUGAGGAUCCUGGAAAAACAUCCCGGCGGCCACAAAGAGAUCGGUAUCUGGUACUCCAACAACACACUGGCCAUGAACUCCACUUCUCUGGACCUCAACACCUCGGAGACUUUGGCCAACAAGACGCUCAUCGUCACCACCAUACUGGAGAACCCAUACAUCAUGCGCAAGCCGAACUCGGCGGCGCUGCGGGGGAAUGAGCAGUACGAGGGCUUCUGCGUGGACAUGCUGAGGGAGCUGGCGGACAUCUUGAAGUUCUCCUUCAGGAUCAAGCUGGUGGACGACGGUCUGUACGGCGCCCCAGAACCCAACGGCAGCUGGACCGGCAUGGUGGGGGAGCUCAUCAACCGAAAAGCAGAUCUGGCAGUUGCCAGCUUCACCAUCACCUCUGAGAGGGAGAAGGUAAUAGAUUUCUCCAAGCCCUUCAUGUCUCUGGGGAUCAGCAUCCUCUACAAAGUUCAUAUGGGUCGUAAACCAGGUUAUUUCUCCUUCCUGGAUCCUUUCUCUCCAGCCGUCUGGCUCUUCAUGCUGCUGGCCUACCUUGCUGUCAGCUGUGUCCUCUUCCUCGCUGCCAGGUUGAGUCCAUAUGAGUGGUACAACCCUCACCCCUGUCUGAGGGAGAGGAGGGACCUGCUGGAGAACCAGUACACUUUGGGAAACAGUCUGUGGUUUCCAGUUGGAGGUUUCAUGCAGCAGGGUUCAGAGAUCAUGCCCCGGGCCCUGUCCACGCGCUGUGUCAGCGGCGUCUGGUGGGCAUUCACUCUUAUCAUCAUCUCCUCUUACACGGCUAACCUGGCAGCCUUCCUCACCGUCCAGAGGAUGGAGGUCCCCAUCGAGUCACCAGACGACUUGGCUGACCAGACCAAUAUACAGUAUGGUACCAUCCACGGAGGAUCAACUAUGACCUUCUUCAUGAACUCACGGUACCAGACCUACCAGCGGAUGUGGAAUUACAUGCACUCCAAGCAGCCCAGUGUGUUCGUCAAGAGCACCGAGGAAGGCAUUGCCCGUGUGCUUAACUCCAAGUACGCCUUCCUGAUGGAGAGCACCAUGAACGAGUACCACCGUCGGCUCAACUGCAACCUGACACAGAUUGGUGGCCUGCUGGACACCAAGGGAUAUGGCAUCGGCAUGCCUCUGGGCUCUCCAUUCAGAGAUGAGAUUACAUUGGGGGUCUUACAGCUGCAGGAGAACAACAGAAUAGAGAUCCUGAAGAGGAGGUGGUGGGAGGGGGGUCAGUGCCCCAAAGAGGAGGACCACCGAGCUAAAGGCCUGGGCAUGGAGAACAUCGGUGGGAUCUUCGUGGUGCUGAUCUGCGGUCUCAUCAUCGCCGUCUUCGUGGCCAUCAUGGAGUUUGUCUGGUCCACGCGACGCUCGGCCGAGACUGACGAGGUACGCCCUACUCCUCCUCCUCCUCCUCACUCUUCUUCCUCCUCCUCCACUUCCUGCCCUGCCCCUGGCCACGCCUUUGACCUCAGCCACAGCAGCCACCCCCCAGUCUCUGUAUGUCAAGAGAUGCUGACAGAGUUCAGGAACGCCGUCUCCUGUAAGAAGAGCUCGCGCUCUCGCCGGCGCCGCCCACUGGCGCACACGGGAGGUGGAGUCCUGCGCCAUCCAUCCCGCCUGGCGCUGUCCACACCCCGCCCUAUCCGCCUGGUCCGCGACAUGCGCCUCAGCAACGGCAAGCUGUACAGCGGCUCGGGCCCGCUGACGGGCAGCCUGCCGGGGGUUGGCGGUGGGGUGGGCACAAUGGGGGGGCUGGCCGGAGGAGGAGGAGGAGGGCUGGAGCUGGGGCCAGGGCCCCAGAAGCUCCUGGAGGACCCACUGGGAGUCAGCGCCACCAGCACGCCCCCGCUCCCUCUCCCCACGACGUCGGCCACCCUGCUGGCACCGCCUCUCCCGGUACCACGGGCCCUUCUGGCCCCGCCCCCCCCGGCACCCCGCGCCCUGAUGCAGAGCUGCAGUCAUGUGCGCAUCUGUCAGGAGUGCCGGCGAAUCCAGGGCCUGCGGCCGGUGCCACCUCCCCUUCCUCUUCCGCCUCCUUCCUCCUCACUCUCCUCCGCCUCAUGCUCUCGGAUCCACUCGCACCCGCAUUCCCACCACCACCACCACCACCAUCACCACCACCACGGCUCCAUGUCCCUCCCCCGACUUCCCCCUCCGCCUCCCCCAGCCUCCUCCUCCUCUGACAGAGCGGAGAGCGACGGCGGGGGGAGCCCGCAGCGGCUCAAAAUGAAACCAACACCUCCACCCAGGCCGCAGCCCCCGGCCAAAACCCCAACGCACCCUCCCACAGACAUGCUGGGGGGGCAGGACUAA